AUGCCUGUACAGUUGAAGCAGCCAUGGCAUGGGAUUGCAAUCCCAUGUUCAUUGAUUUUCUUCAUCGGGUACCCAGCGCACUGGUUCAUCCUGAGGAACAGUUUGUCCAACAAGCGCCAGAUAAUAUUCCAAUUUUGCCUUACUAUGAUCUGGAUCUCGUAUUACAUGGCGAUAUAUACCAAUCCUGGGAAACCGCCCCAUGGCUCUGCCCAACAACACACUGACGGUGAUAUGAACCGAUACUGUGCGAAAUGCAACGGUUUUAAGCCGGAAAGGUCACAUCAUUGCAAGACUUGUCAACAGUGCGUGUUGAUGAUGGACCAUCACUGCCCCUGGACAAUGAACUGCCUGGGAUUUGGUAACUUCCCGCAAUUCAUGAGGUUUCUUAUAUGGGUAAUUAUCACCACAUCUCAGCUAUUCUGGUAUUUACUGCUUCGCAUUGCAGCCAUCUGGCAAGCCAGAAAUAUGCCAAUAAAGGGGGGGGUCGUAUCAACUACAACAAAGGAACUGGUCUCACUGGUCGUGUUGACGCCGAUGGAUCUCUUUGUGCUGUUUACAAUUACGGCACUGUUUGUGAGGUGCGUAACUAAUCAAGUCAUCGGAGGUAUGACGCAAAUUGAAAGUUGGGAGAUGGAGAGACUGCAGAACAUGUUUUACUCGAAGAAACUAUUACCGAUCAUGAUUGAGCGUGUGUGGGAGAAGUUUCCUCACGAACAAACUCCAGAACACGAAUUGGAGGCUGAAAAAUUACUAGAAAUGAAUGAGCAAGGGCUACUGAAAUUCAGCUCCGUAGUCAACUUUCCCUACGACGUAGACCUUUUGACAAAUAUUCACCAAUCUCUUGGAUCACCAAUGUUGCUUCUAUGGCCCUUUAGUACAGCGCAAGGCAACGGCGUGACCUUUCAAAAGAACGACAUUUCAACAUACGAAGAUAAUCUGAGCAUAUCGGAUUUGUUGCUUUGUCUCUCUUGGCCACCAGAUGGUGGUAGAAGAAUACCACAUCCACAGCGGGAAGAUGGGGCUCAUAUGAUAGAUCAGACAGUUGAAGAUGGCGAAUUUAUGAUCAGGAAGAGGAACUCUCCGAUAGAGUCGCGAACAACGUGGGAAAAUCAAUGGGGUGAAACAUUAGAAGGUUUUGGUGUUGACCCAAUGAACGAGUAA